AGGCAUCAAUUCUUUGCAACCAUGUCGAAUUUCGUGCAGCACAUGAAAGCUGCUAGUCGUUCUCCCAAAUCAUUCAAGGAGUUGUUGCAAACCACGAAUAGUGAUGGCCCUAUCCGGUACAAUAAAGAUCUGCUUCCGAGUCCUCCAGAGGACAGAAAGUGGCGAUGGCAGCACUAUUUUGCAUACUACUUGACGAUGACCUUCAGUCCCAGUAGCUACAAUCUCGGAGCCUCGCUUGUAUCUAUCGGUCUACUUUGGUGGCACGGUAUGAUUGCUGCAGUCGUCGGCUCUGGCAUCCUGACCGUCCUGGUUGUGCUCAAUUCAAGAGGUGCCAUCAACUACUUUCUCGGUUUUCCGGUGUAUGUUCGUGUCGCAGCCGGUGUCAGAGGCUCUUCAUUGUACAUUCUUGUCAGAGCUGUGGUUGCAAUCAUCUACUUCGCCACGCAGACAUACUAUGGCGGGCGCAUCACAUCAGUCUUCAUGCGUGGUAUCUUCGGCAACGGCUAUCACAACAUCCCAAACCAUUUACCAGAGAGUGCUGGUAUCACUUCUCGAGAUCUUCUGAGCUUCUUCAUCUUCUGGAUGAUCCAAAUGCCUGUCAUGUUCAUCCAUCCCAAAAUUCUCCGACACUUGUUCGUCGUCAAAGCAGUCUACACAACGAUCUCUCUGCUCGGCGUACUUGGCUGGACAAUCAGUGCAAAUGGAGGCAAGAUUGGCGAUUUCAAGUACACUACCAAACAGACUCAGCUGUCUGGUCAUGACCUCAUCUGGCCUAUGAUCUCUGCCAUCAACUCUGUGAUGGGAGCUCUCGCACCUGUUUUGAUCAACCAGCCGGAUAUCGCUCGAUAUGGUCAUUCGUAUCGCGAUGUGACUUGGAGUCAAGGUGUCGGUAUCUUGAUCUCGAAGGUUCUGGUCAUGUUCAUUAGCACAGCUACCACAGCAGCAGCGACGAACGUGCUAGGCAAGUCUUUUUGGAACGUUUGGGACCUCUACGACGCCAUUCUUGAUCAAUAUUGGACUCCAGGUGCGCGGGCAGGCAUGAUGUUCGCAAGCCUUGGCAUGAUUCUGGCCGUGCUCGUCACCAAUGCUGGAAGCAACUCGCUCCCAGUUGGUGCCGACUUGACGGGCAUCUGGCCGCGCUGGUUGACAAUUGUCCGAGGACAGGUCAUCUGCGCUGUACUGGCCCCUCUUCUCGUCCCCUGGAAGAUCAUCGCUUCUGCAACGUCGUUUCUUACAUUCCUGGGCUCUUAUACUGUGUUUCUCAUGCCUAUCUGUGCAUGCAUGGUCGUCGACUAUUGGGUCGUGAGGAGAGGCAACAUACAUGCACCGUCCUUGUAUGUGUGUUCGCCCGAGAGCCCUUACACAUACUACAAAGGAUGGAACUUGCGUAUGCUCGCUGCUUGGGUCGCAGGCGUGGCAUUCGUCAUCCAUGGUAUAGCUGGGUCGUUGGAUUUAGACUCAGUGAACCAGGCUUCGAAGAACAUGUACAAGCUAGGCUUUGUACUAUCCUUCUGCAUGGGCGGCCUUGUCUAUUACGUUCUUUGCUUGGUCUGGCCAGUUCGGAUCCUGCCACGGGGUACGGAGAGGCCCCUCAUGUUUGAGGAGCUCGCGGCAAACGAGGGUUUCUUCGACCACGAGAACGUUGGCACCAUCACUGGCGUGCUGGAGGGAGAAGAUACCGACAACGUCUCCACUCACCAGUACAUUGCCGAAGGGAAAGAUAGUAAAGUCUAA